CUGCAAACCACUUCUUGACUCCGGUGUCAUUAUUUACAACAACGGCGAGAUCAUAGCAAGACGAUGGCGAAACUGGCCUCUAAAUUUCGAGGAUGCCUUAUCGGGGCCCUUGCGGGUGAUUGUUUUGGGGCACAAUUUGAAUUUUCACCAAAGAUUACAAUCAGUAAAGUCGUUGAUUUUGUCACAGUCCUCGAAAAAAAGUCACCAGAAAAAAGGAAAGAGUCUUUGUAUUUUACAGACGACACUGAAAUGAGAGAAGGUAUUGAAGAGUCGCUGCUGGAGAAGAAAGGUUUUGACAAAAAAGACAUGGCUAUAAAGUUUGCUGAGCGUUACUUUGUCAGUCCUCCAAAACGUUCUUACGGAUGCCAUAUUCCGAAUGUCUUCAUGGCCUGGAAGAGAAGCAACUACGAGGACAUUGACACACCAGCCAUGAGCCAGUUUAACGGCACCGGUUCCUAUGGUAACGGCGGUGGCAUGCGCAUUGCACCAGCAGCUCUUUUUGCUCAUAACCAAAGUCCUGAGAAGCUGAAGGAGCUGUCUGAUAAAAUAACUAAACUGACGCAUACCCAUAUUUUGGGUAUCCAUGGGGCAUACUUGGAAGCGUUGUCAGUCUGGCUCGCACUGAAAGCUGAACAAUCUCAGUUUUCUACCAAGGGGUUUGUGGACCAAUUAAAAGAAAAAAUGAAAUUCUAUGAAGAUGAAUAUUCAAAGAGAGAAGAAAAUAAGGACAAGAACUUAGAUUCUGAAGAAUCUCAUUGUUAUUCUCACAAACUCGACAUCAUAAAGUCAUUUUUGGAUAGAAAAGAUGUCAGCGAUGGAGAAGUUAUAAAAGAACUGGGUCAUGGUGUGUCUUCACAGUCUUCAAUCCCCACUGCUGUUUAUGCGUUCCUGAGGUCAGUUGAGGAUUCUAAAACUGUACCGCAUCGCAACGGAUUUGAAAGAACGGUAAUCUAUGCAAUUUCUCUCGGAGGAGAUACUGAUACUAUUGCAACGAUGGCUGGUGCAAUUGCAGGUGCAUUCUGGGGUGAAGAAAGCAUACCGAAACCUUGGCAACAAAGUUGUCAAGGUUUGGACACAGCAGAGAAAACAGCAAAGAGUUUGUACCAAUAUGUCACUGAACAAAGUUAAAUAAAAUGAUCAUAAAAUCUAAUUGUUUAAGACUUAA